GGUGACGUGGUGACGUUAAUUCUAUAUGAGCGCGAGCGGCGGGAGCUCGGGUCCUUUUUUACCGCCAGCCGCGCGGCGCCUCCUCCUCCUCUUCGCUCCUGAGUCACCGCCGGCCCCGCGCAGGGUUUGAAAUCCACGAUAAUGGCAGACACAGACAACAAAGAGCAGUCUGAACUUGACCAACAGGAUAUGGAAGAUGUUGAAGAAGUAGAAGAAGAAGAAACUGGUGAAGAUGCUAACAGCAAAGCUCGGCAGUUGACUGUGCAAAUGAUGCAAAAUCCACAGAUUCUUGCAGCCCUGCAGGAAAGACUUGAUGGUCUGGUAGGAACAUCUACAGGAUAUAUAGAAAGCUUGCCUAAGGUUGUUAAAAGACGUGUGAAUGCUCUCAAGAACCUUCAAGUUCAGUGUGCACAGAUAGAAGCAAAGUUCUAUGAGGAAGUUCAUGAGCUGGAAAGAAAGUAUGCUGCUCUCUAUCAGCCCUUAUUUGACAAGCGAAGUGAAAUCAUCAACGCCAUUUAUGAACCUACAGAGGAAGAAUGCGAAUGGAAAGCAGAUGUCGAAGAAGAAAUUUCAGAGGAAAUGAAAGAGAAAGCCAAGCUUGAAGAGGAAAAAAAAGAUGAAGAAAAAGAAGAUCCUAAAGGAAUUCCUGAGUUUUGGCUUACAGUAUUUAAGAAUGUGGACUUGCUCAGUGAUAUGGUUCAGGAACAUGAUGAACCUAUCCUGAAACACUUAAAAGAUAUAAAAGUGAAAUUUUCAGAAGUUGGACAGCCUAUGAGUUUCACACUAGAAUUUCAUUUUGAACCAAAUGACUACUUCACGAAUGAAGUGUUGACAAAGACAUAUAGAAUGAGGUCAGAGCCAGAUGAUUCUGAUCCCUUCUCCUUCGAUGGACCAGAAAUUAUGGGUUGUACAGGUUGCCAAAUAGACUGGAAAAAAGGAAAGAACGUUACUUUGAAAACCAUUAAGAAGAAGCAGAAACAUAAGGGACGUGGAACAGUUAGAACAGUAACAAAAACUGUUUCCAACGACUCUUUCUUCAACUUCUUUAGUCCUCCUGAAGUUCCUGAAAAUGGAGACAUGGAUGAUGAUGCUGAGGCAAUCCUUACUGCAGACUUUGAAAUAGGUCAUUUCUUGCGUGAACGUAUAGUCCCUCGAUCAGUAUUGUACUUCACAGGAGAAGCUAUUGAAGAUGAUGAUGACGAUGAUUAUGAUGAAGAAGGUGAAGAGGCAGAUGAUGAGGAGGGUGAAGAAGAAGCAGAUGAAGAAAAUGAUCCUGAUUAUGACCCAAAAAAGGAUCAAAAUCCAGCAGAAUGCAAGCAGCAGUGAAGCAGUGUGUAUGUGGCCUUGAGGAUUACCUGCACUGUAAUAGCCUAAACACAACUAUUAGUUACUUACAGCCUUAUGUUUUGUAUCUUGGUAGAAUUAAGUAACCAGUUUGUUAAAAAAAAAAAAAAGAGUUCAAACACAUAAGAACCAGUUUAAAAUGUAGGUUCAAUCUACCUAGCAUUUUAACAGUAUAAUUUUCUGCCAAUAUGUAGAAUGCAGUAAAUUCCCUAAAGCAUGAAUGUUAAUUCAUUGCUACAUAGUUUGGUUCUUGUGAAGUCUUUAUUAUGUAGCUAUUAGACUGCAGCUGUGAAGAUUAUCAGAACUGUUAACUUGAGACCAAUAUUUGUUUAGAGAAAACUCUCUCCUGAAGAACCAACCAAAGUAUUUUUCAGCCCAGUAGUCUGAACGGGUUUAAGUCUGCUUGCACUAGCUGUGCCUUCAUUACCUUGUUAUAGAAAUGGCAGUUGACUUGUACUAACUAGGAGAUGAUGCAUUUUGGGUUUGACUACUUGAGAAGACUAGUAUAACUUGUUUAAUUUCCAACGAGACCACAUUAAAAGUUCAUAACUGUCAGCUUGUUGAUGCUAUCGGUUUUGUAUUUUAUGUGACAUAGUGAUCUACAAAAGAAACCUAGUCAUCAUAUUAAGGUUAUUGUUUACCUCUGGGGUGUGAAUAAAACCUAGUAUUUUCAGAAGCUAGUCUUGUUUUAUUAUGAUGUGUGUAUCUGCAUGUGUAAACUGGUAAGGCAUAUCUUUCAUGCUGCAGUUCACUUUUCACUAGAAACAAAAGUUGAGAGUUACUGAAAAGUAAAUUAUGUAGCAUUUUAAAAAAAGAAAACACAGUAGUUGGAGAGUUUGAUCCAUUCUUUUCCAUUUGCAGUAAUACUUGUGAAUCUAAGCUAGGUGUUCCAGUGAUUGGUCAACACUGCCAUCUUGAGAAGACAAGUUUUUAGAAGUGGGGCUAGAUCUGAUAAAGGACUUCAGUAUUGCUGUGCCUGACUAAGGCAUUGGUUAUUAGUAUGAAAUCUUGAGGCAAGAAGGGUGCCUUGGAUUUCCAGUCUGUGUAGGCAGAGUUAGGUUGUCCUGAACAAAAUCUACCGUGCAGCCUAAGGGAGCGCUAGAACACUUAGCUGUAUUCUAGUUUAUACUUACUGUAUCCAGCAUCUACAGAGGAUGAAACAAAUCUCAAGGAAUCCCUCACCCAGUCUUCUGUUUACUACAUUUAAGUUUGCUUGUUCUGAUUUGUACUUUUUCCAUAUUGGAUGUUCAUUGUCAGUUGAAGCAUAUGGAGUAGGUGGUCUUCCUCAUACUUAACCUUGCCUCUAGCCUAGCAAUGGAGGUGAGAUGUGGAAUUGAAUACAGUCAACUUGAAGAGAUUGCAGACUGUCUUCCAUUUGAGUUUUCUCACUCAGUAACAUGCUGCUGUACUCUGUGCAGUCUUGUCCUUGACAUAACUAUAGAAGUUCUGAUCUUCUAAGUAAGGUUUUAGGUAAUUCUGAGGGAUGGGAAAGUCCUCACAAGCUUGGAAAGAAAUGUCCAGCGUAGCCAUGGAUCUGUUUCUGCAGUAGCUAUGCUUUUCCUCUUUUUGUCUUGCCACCGAUUACUAAUUUAGCCAUAAAGGGUUGAAGGUUUGAAAAGAGCAGAGCAAGCCAGAGGCAACAGCCACUUGAGGAUGGGGCUGGUAGAAGGGUUCCUCUAGCAUGUCUCUUGGGGGUUAAGUAAUACAGAAUAAGGUAUCCCAAGUGCCCUUCUGACUUCUCAGCCUUCCCCCCCACCUUCCUGAGACGAAGAAGGUCUAGUAUGCUCUGACUAAACUUUUUUGUUACGUUUUUUAUUCCUGUAAGGCUUAAAUACCACACAGCUUAAUUUCAGAAUCCUUGUCAGGCUUCAUCUUUAUCCUCCAGAUAUUCAUGGAUGUGGGAGAAGGAGCUCUUGUUGUCUAUAUCUGUAUAUAUAACAGUACUGUCAAAGCUGUGCUCUUAGGUGUUUUUUAGGUAGCCUGCAGAUAAUAGAAAAAUACAGUAAUGAAAAGCUAACAUCACGUUCUCUGGUAGUUGUGUGUUAAGGUAGAUGUCCUUGUGUUGUGUUCUUGUGAUGACAUAAAUCCUGACAGAAUAUGCUUAUCCUUGGAGGCACCUGACUCUGCCAUGUGUUUGGGUGUCAUUUGGUCUAUUCUCUGAAUGUCUCCCAGGAUUAAGUUUAAACUUGAGAUUCAGGGCAUGUGGAGAAUAAACUGAUAUGUUAAGAGCUUGAGCAGUCAUUAAUACAGGGCUUGAGGGUACAUACUUUCAGACAUGAAAAGUAUCUGAAGUCCUUGCUUAGAUCUAGCCCGUUUUUACUAGCAGCAUCUGGCUAUUGUAUCUGAAAAAAAGAAAGCACUGUUAAAAGUUGUCUGAUUAAUUUCAGAAGCCACUGUUCAUAAGAAAUAUAGCUUGUGUUUCAGUUGCUUUCUCAUUAAUAUCUUUAUAUCAUACAAUGGGAUACAAUAUUUGAAAAGAGUUCGUAGAUGUCAGAACUCAUUUGCAGCCUGCAAGAUGGAGAACCAUGAAUCCAUCUCUGUCAACAGAUAUUGGCAAGCUUCUUUCUAGAUUGACUUGCUAGUUGUAAAUGAGCAGUUCUUGUGCUCUCCAGACUGCAGCAAAAGGAAGGAUAUAAUCAUACAAAUUGAGGUGCCAGUUCUUAGGGCGUCAGUUAAAUAAAAACUGUUUUGGUGCUUAACAUAGUUUUGUGAUCAACAACACUCUUGUUUAGCAUUCUGAAAGGCAGUAUGUAGCAGGAACAUUAAACUUUAAACAUUGAUUGGAGUAUUGUGACUCAUUCUUUUCACUUCUCGUUAAUUUAUAGCAGCUGUAGAGGAAACUGUUCAUUUAGACUUGCGGAAAAUAUGUUACCUUGUUAACAAGUUCAGGUUAGGAAGAUGUGUCACUGAAAUAGGAUUUCUUGGUCACAUGUUGCAGUACUGCACCAAAAUUUAAGACCUGUAUAAAUUAUAUCUUCUGUCCAGUUUUGGUUGCUGUGUUGAAGGAAGAAGUAUCUUAGGGGAAAAGGGUGAGUUGGUGAGGAAAGAGGUAGGACAAGUAACAGACUGUGAGGUGGAGGAGUACUCGGAGCUUAUGCUUAAUGGAGAGAGGUGCUUUUUGGUAAUUCUACACUUUAAGCAAAUGUAGAUUAGAUUACAUUAGCACUGAAGAGUUUUCCUGUCUGGUAAAACUUUAACAUAAAGAAAACCCAACAGAACAGUAUCCUAAAAGUAGUAUACGAGAUUUAAGCUUAGCAUUCCCAAGUUGUGUUUUCUGGAGAAGGGCAAUGUUAGAAAUGUUACCAUGGCUUAUUCAAACAAUAUACAUAGCCACACUUCUUACCAAUGUCUUCUAGAGCUAACUAGCUUCAUAAGCUCAGAUGCUUAAUUGGAUUCUUGAAACUGAUGUUUCCUAAGCUAUGUAGCAGAUGUUUUUACUUUGACAUGGUUUUAUUAAUUAAAUAAUUUUUAAAAAAAAACCCAAAACAUAACCAAACCGAACAGAAUGUAGAAAGCUGCAGGAAUUGAAUGUGUUCAUCUUUGUCUUCAAGCUGGUAAUUGCCCUUUGUUUUAGGGGCCACUGGUAUAGACCAGAUUCAGAAAUCAAUAGGGAAUUUAAACUAAUCACCCAUUUGUGCAUGUCUGCCAGACAUGUCCAGUUUCCAAAGGUGUCUGUGCAGCAGCUGCUUCUCAGGUUCCUUGUGUUGGGGAGGAUUGUGCUCACAUACUCCAUGACUUAAAGAGAAAAAAUGCUAAACUUUGUACAAAUAUAGCUUCCUCCGGCCCAAGACUUUAUUGUACAGAUCAGAAAUCAUUGCUACCACACUGGGGUUUCUUUCUUAACUGUAGUUCUGUGUGAGAUGAACUGAUGCCCUGCAGGUUUUCAAGAGGGUGUUGAAGUAAUGAUUUUUAAUUGCUCGUGCCUACCUAAAGCGAACAUAUAUAUGUAUGUACUGGAAACAGUAAGCCUUACUUCUGCGUGCUGUCAAGAGGGUUUGGAAGUUCGCCCACAUGGCAUGUUGGAUGACAUUUGUCUUGUCACUCUUUAAGUUCUGUUAGACCUGUGAGAGCUAGCAUCUUCCACGCUAGCUCAAGAGCUAGUAUCUUCCAUGUGGCCUGUCUCUCAGCUUUUGCAGGAAAAAAUAAAGCAGACAAGACAGCAUGCCAAGCAAAAGAUAAGCUAUUCCACAUUUCAGUCUGCUUGGUGUAUUCCAGAAGCUGGGUGCACAAGGAGUGUGUGGGGGUGGCAGAACUUAGCUGUUGCGAGCUGUGCUUCUGUAUGCUCAGGUGUUGUAUCUGCCCAGAUUUCAUGCUUACCCUGCAGUUGAUGAGAAGCAGUUUGCAUAUUCUGAACUCAUAGCAUGUUUUAUUCGGCACAUCAGAUCAUUUAAGCCUUCUUUCAGACCGGCUUUGCUCUAUAAUAUGUAUCUAAGCGUUAAGUGCUUUUUUGAUAACUUUAAGAACUCCAGAGAAGCCAAGCUGGAGAAGCUGCAGUGCCAGUAGUCUGUGCAUUGUACACAGUUGCUUCACUGGAUUCUGCCAUGGGUUAGCAGGAAUGGGGCUAUGCAGCUGAUAGUCACAGUAAAUCUUUCAUCUAUUUAUGCCCAGUUCACUGUGGGGUACCCAGUUCACAGGUAUCUGUGAGAUGGAGUUCCUAAAAGGAAAAGUUUGCUCCCCAGAUCACAGGUCCAGUGCUUAAGUGUUCGCUUGGCAGCAAGUUCAGUGAAAUUACUGGGAAAUGGUAAAGGUCAAGAAAAUACUUUUAACAAGUAACCACUUACUAAUUUCUUUAAUUGCAUAUUGCAAUCUAUUUGUCAUAUAUUUCUCAAUCUUUGACAACUUUUUCCUUCAUUUUCCUUCUGUCUGGUCGUGACCCACUCAUAUUUCCUUUAUGUUUCCCUCUUAACUGUUUUCCAGUUCUAGUCAUUGCUCUGUAAUGGAAGAAAUGAUGAGAUUUUAAGGGUUGUCCCGCAGGGUAGGUUUAGCAUCCAUGUCAACCUAAUAGUUGGUGUCAAGCUGCUAUCUGCAGGUUUGCUAACCAGGAGAACGCUAGUAAAAUUAUGAGCAUUUUAGUCUUUUACUGUGGCUUCCCAAAACAAUGUUUAACUUGCUUUGGGGUUUAAAAAGAAUGCUUUAAUUACUCUUACCAUAACUAGUCUCUAAUUAAGGUUAUGUGUACAAAACUUCCACUAGUGUCUAAGUUAGGGACCUUUUGGUAUAGGAGAUCAGUGUAUUUGACAACCAAACAUUUCUGUUACCAGUAUCAACUUUGAACAUGGAAAAGGAAACACUCUGUAAGGAAUAAAAGGCAUCUUGGAUCUAUAGGCUUUGAAGGAUCAGAUUCAGUGCUUUUCCAGGUUGUAGUACUUGAGGUUUGACAGUAGGAGGCAUCUGCACAUCAGAUAUUUCAGGAGGAAGGGAUGCAAAACCUUCAUAGUGAAACUUCGAUGCAGAUGGCAAGUAGCGAACACAGAACACAUAUAAUUGCAGUGGUUUAAGUUCAUAUUUAAAGAAAAGUAAAGUAAAAUCUCAGUGGGAUACGUAGUGUGCUUUACUGUGUUCAAUGUGUUUUUUCGAAAUACUACUGUAAGCAAUGCUUCAGGUAGUUCAGUUUUGACUUCCAUCUAGGAAAAUGAAGUUGGUUAUCCUUUAUUGGCAAGUUCUGCACAAUUAAAUUGGGACACUAACUUUUAUCAAUGAACUGUCAGUAUUUAAUCUCACCCUGGUCUCCUAGGUCUUGACUGACUUGGUGGUUUUGGUAGAGUAGUUUAUUUUAAAUAGCAGUUAAUACUUGUUGCCUUUUAGAGUAUAAAUUUAAAUGGAUUUUUGGGAUGUUUACUUCUGAUCACAUGCUUAGGUGAAUUUCACUGGGAAUAAACGUUUGCUGUGAGUCUAUACAUUAGCAGAGUGUUCAUCAGUGCUUAGAACCGAGUUAAAAAUCUGACAUUCAACACUUUGGAGAACUUUGUGUCAUAGAAGGCCAAAGUAGAAUGGAUUUAGUCCCUUUCUUAUGUAUAUUUGAUGAAAGCUUUUGGCCUUCCACACUAGUCUUACUUUUCCCCUUUGAUUAAUUACAAAUUACUGUCAGUACUGAGAACAAGCAAAAAAAUCUUGAAUGCUUGUUACAGGAUAAUAUGUGGGAGUCCAAAGUCUUAGGCAAGUUUCUGUACUACUGAUUAGUGCAUUGACUUGGAAGCAAAUGCCAAUGGCUUAGAGUAAUGGAGCAGGAAACAAAACUCUACAGGUGAAUUAUUAGGAAUUAGUCUCCUGCGAGUUUUAUUUCAAUAUGCUAUGCCUCACAUACACUUAGUAUUUUAAUAAGGUUGUUUGGUAUAGAUGAAUAUAUUUUAACCAGUGUGUUCUAGUUUGAUAAGUUGAAAAUUAAGUUUCUGCUAGUGUGACACAGUCGGGAGUGGAGAAGUAGAUAGAAAACGUCAGGUGAAAAGGCAGGCGAUUCUCUUACCUCCCUCCAGCUGUACAUGAGGCUCCUUGUAUAUGCGCAUUAACAGCUGAAGAUGCAAAUAUUUGCACUGGGGAAUUUAGGUUCAAAUGGCAGAGAACUGCAGAUAGAGACAAUCGUGAGUGGUGCUUAGGUCUUUCGAAAGAGCAUGUGCCUCUUAAAAUAGACAUAAAAUGUUUGUGAGAAUGAACAGUAUCAGCUCUAUGGAGAAGGGGCUAUUCUUUACUCAGUGGAUGUUUAAGAUAUUAACCUCCUUUUUUCUGUUCCGUUUGUGGCUAGCAAGUUGCUGUUAUUACUGUUUUGGGCAUCUGCCAGUCACCUCUGGAAAGGUAAAACAGCUAAGUAGUUUUAAUUGCUGUGAUUACCCUAAUUGUUUACUUCUCAACAAUUUAUUAAAAUUAACUUUGAAGUUCAAGAGGAAAAGAUUACGAGGAAAUACUUUUUUAAAAAUGUUAUCAAACUCCAUUAAAACCAUAAUUAAUGUUGAUUUUGUUUCUCAUGUGCUCUCACUGACCUAUGCAUUCAGCAUGACCUGCCUCGUAGCUGCCAAGAUUGCUGUGAGGAGGGUUGUAUUUUUAUGGCCAUGUUAAAUACAUAUUUUAAAAAUAUGUGCUCUUAAAUGGAGUAUGAAACUGACGUUCAUACUCCAGAGUUCAGCUGACGUUGGCUUUGUCAGCCAAAUUCGGUUAUGUGGGCUUUUGAUUUACAUCUGACACAUCAAAGGGCUUUUAAAAUAAAUAGUUUAUUAUUAACCUUA